UUGGGCUGUGUCAUCAGCGGUUUAUCUCAGGCUUCAGGAGAAAGUGGGAGGUGAUGUGGUUCAGGUGGUGCCUCUAUAAAGCUCAUCACUGAUUUGCAGGACUCAUCAAUACUUGGCUAGGACUCCAUCACUUCUCAUGACCGGCAUUUUCAUCUCAGUCCUGGUUAGAGAUCGCUGAACUUCUGACUUCUUCCUCUGCAGCAGCAGCAGCACCGGCCAUCACAAGGAACCUCUGCAGCAACCUUCUAGGCUGGUAAACUCUGAAAGACAUGAAGAUACUUGGCCAUGUGACCUUCUUCCUUCUGCUCGGGGGAAUCUUUGCUCAGAGCAGCCGUAAUGCUAAAGUGAGUGGGAAAUCCGCCAAGAGAGGUGGUGGUGGGGCCCAAGCAGGUGACACUGGCCAGUCCACCCCGUCAGCCGAUGCUUCUCAAGGGAGCAGCAGAAGCGCUGGGAGAUCAGCUGACUCGAGACAGGACAGCACUGCAGGAAGUCGUACAACUGGACAACAGACGGACGAGAUGAGGCUGCAGUUCCUAAGGAGCUCCCAGGUGACAUGCAAUGAUGGAUCAGCAGCUGGGUUCUACCUAAAAGAGUUCAGAGGAAGCCGCAGAUGGCUGUUAUUUCUGGAAGGUGGCUGGUGCUGCUACAGCAAAGAGACCUGUGAUUCCAGGUACCAAAAUAUCCCCCGCCUAAUGAGCUCAUCGGGGUGGCCCCAAACUAAAAGAGGGACUGGAAUAUUAUCGUCCCAAGCAGAGGAAAACCCCCACUGGCAUAAUGCAAAUCUUGUAUUCAUCCCGUACUGUUCCAGCGACGUAUGGAGUGGCACAGGACCUGCUCCAACCCCUGCUCCAAGAACAAGACAAGGAAAAGAUAAAGUGAAAGACAGAAACACAAAUGCAACUGAGUAUUCUUUCAUGGGAUCCCUUAUCAUCCGGGAGGUCAUCAAAGACCUCAUUCCCAAAGGAAUCAAGCAGGCCAAGGUUGUCAUGCUGGCUGGCACCAGUGCUGGCGCGACAGGUGUUUUGCUCAACAUUGAGAGGGUUGCCAGCCAACUGGAGCAGCUAGGUACCGAGGCUCAGGUGCGCGGCCUGGUGGAUUCUGGAUGGUUUCUGGAGAGUAAGCAACAGCGGUCCCCCAACUGCCCAGCGACUGUUUCCUGCACACCUGAAGAUGCUAUCAAGAUAGGACUCAGGAUGUGGAAUGGGGUUGUUCCAGAAAGGUGUCAGCAGCUCUACAAGAGAGGGGAGGAAUGGCAGUGCUUCUUUGGUCAUAGACUAUACUCCACUUUGACCUCUCCACUCUUCAUCGUGCAGUGGCUGUUUGAUGAGGAGCAGCUGAGAGUGGAAAACAUCUACAUGGGCGGUCAGAGUCUGUCUGAGGAACAGUGGCAGUACAUCCAGAAUCUGGGCUUAGAAAUCAAAAACUCCCUGACAGAUGUGACGGCUGUAUUUGCUCCAUCUUGCCUCUCACACACAGUCAUCACCAAAAGCAAUUGGAUGAGUUUCCAGGUUAAAGGCACAUCUUUGCCACGGGCUCUCCACUGCUGGGACAGAAGUCUGGAGGCAAUUCGCAACAACAGAACCCCUUCUAAAGGCUGCCCUUUCCACCUGGUGGACACCUGCCAGUGGCCUCAGUGUAACCCCACCUGUCCAGCUUUGGUGGACCAGGCCACCCAGCAGGAGCUUACUUUGCUCCAGAUGCUGGUUGCCAUGGGCCUUGACCCACAGAGGCUUGGCCUGGAUCCUGAGGGAGAAGGAGAUUCUCUGGUCAGCAUGGCCAAUAACGGUGGCUAAGUGGAAAAAACAGAGAGGAAGACAAAUUUAAUGAAACAGAAAAGUGUUUGAAAUUUAAUGUAACCGUAGAAAUGCUUUUACAAAUCUGGUUACGAUAUGCUGUCCUGUUUAGCAUUCCAUAAUGCUCCACAUCUUUGACUCGGCUGGUUGGUAUGUUGCAGCAUCUGGGUUUGUGUUGUUUACUGGGCCCUCUACUGGUCACAAGAGGGAAGAGCUUAGCAUCAAAGUAUUUCAGCUAUCCAGGUCACAGUGGUUUGACCUUUUCCAGAUGUCUGGAUAUAACCUAAAACACACUUUCAUCCUAAGCCCUCUAACAUCCAGCAUCAUAGUACGAGCCUGUUAGUAGAGUUUUAACACACCAAAGUUCACAUCAAUGUCUGAGGCACAGAUUAUAUACACUUUCAUCAGAUCAAAAAUACAAAUAAAUCUAAUAAUGUAAUCCAGCAAACUGUUCACACAUACACACACACACAAAUAGAAAACACCACAAAAUUUUGUGCACAAGGAGUCUGCUGAUUUUUGAUUGGCUUUGGUUGAUUAUUUUUAGCAACUGAUGUGAUACUAACUUAUUUAAAUAUACUUUUAUGUUUAUGUGUUCUAUGCAUGCCAAAAUAAAAGUGUUAUGAGUUAAUGAUGUGUUUUCUUUGAAGUCACUGCUCUUCUAUAUUUAAUCAUUCAGUUUAUUCUAAUCUGUGAACUAAGCACAAUUUUUAACAUGUUGACGCUGUGGUGAUUCACCGCUCAGUUGUUAUGAUUCAUUUUGCUGUCAUGCAAAUUACUAUCUACUACCUUCCUGUCAAUAAUUGCUGUCAAACAUAUUCUAUGAUAUUUCUCUUUUUUCAUUUCAUUUAUGGACAGAUGGUUUAUUUCCAUGUCACUGCUUUAGUAAAGUCAACUGAUGUACAUGUUGAAAUAAAAAAUAAAAUUUGAAUCUUCGCUAU